CAGGCUUUAGUUUCUCAUUUGCAAAAUGAAAGGUUUGGACUUGAAAAUUUCUAAAGCCCUUUAUUUUUGGCAGUGUAUCAUGUCCUAGGUGAUUUUUCCUUUCUCCUCUUGCUGGACACCUGUCUCAUCUUUCCAGGUGUUUUUGUUUGUAUGUUUGUUUCCUUAGGUCAUCUUCCUGGGAGAAGGAGGCUCAGGUGCUAUACAAUGUUUGUGCUUCAUGAGUCCCAGAAGCUGCAGAUUCUGUAUGAAUCCCUGGAAAAGAGCAUCCCUGAGUCCUUGAAGGUAUAUGGUGCCGUUUUCAACAUUAAAAAUAAAAAUCCAUUCAACAUGGAGGUGCUGGUGGAUGCCUGGCCAGAUUAUCAGAUAGUCAUUACUCGGCCUCAGAGAGAGGAGAUGAAGGAUGACUUGGAUCAUUAUACCAACACUUACCAAAUCUUCACCAAAGCUCCUGACAAGUUAGAGGAAGUCCUGGCACGGCCCCAGGUUAUCAAUUGGGACCAAGUCUUCCAGAUCCAAGGUUGCCAAGACAGCUUGAAAGAGGCAAUAAGAAAAAUUUCGGCUUCAAAAUCAGUGCGGGUGGAUUAUGUGAAGACCAUACUCAUUAUGACAGAAAUGCCGGUAGAACCCAAUGAUGACCACGUGGAUGUGAUGGAGUCACUUAAAACGCCCAAAGUGGAUGACGAUACUGAGAAAGGAAGCUUUCAGAACAUUUCCUUGGAUCCCUCCCAUGCAGGGCUUGUGAAUGAACAGUGGACAUUUGGGAAAAAUGAUAGGAGCUUGAAAUAUAUUGAACGCUGUCUCCAGAAUUUUCCAGGAUUCGGUGUGCUGGGUCCAGAGGGGCGCCUUAUCUCUUGGAUUGUGAUGGAACAGUCCUGUGAGAUGAGAAUGGGCUACACUGUCCCCGAAUACCGAAAGCACGGCUAUAUGAAGAAAACCAGUGUUCACCUUAUGAAUUAUGUUAUUCAGAAAAAAGUGCCAUGUUAUUUUCAUGUGUCAGAACAUAAAGAGGAAUACAAUCAGGCACUGAGGGAUCUGAAGUUUAAGGCUGCUUCUUGUGGUUGGCAUCAGUGGAAAUGCAGUCCUGAGAAAUAUUGUUGAUUAGUGCCAUUUUCUAUUGCAAGCCUUCCUCAUCAGUGAAAAAAAAAGUAUCAGUUCACAUACAAUCAUGAUAAUUUGUAUUAGCACGAAAACAUCCAAUUAUUUUGGUUCCGUGCAUUACUUAACCCACCCUUGUACAACAUUUUUGUCUUCCUCCACAUUACAGAGAACUAGAAGCUUGAACUUUCGGUGUUAGGUUUUUCCUUUAUGGUGACAGACAUUUCAGAAUUAAAAUCAUCCAAUGUCAAUCAUUAGUGCCAAGAUAACCCUUUCAGAGCAACAUUUUCCUCUUUGAAGUCUUCUUUCAUGAAAGUCUACUACUUUUUCAUGCU